UGUAGUAAAAUAAAAUAAAAAAUAGUAUAAAAAAUACAUAAUUAGCAUAUGACCAAAUGUACAAUAGGACAGAAUAAUAUAUUUUCUAUAUGGAUAAUAGUAAGAUGAAAUUGUGAAUAACAUGGAGUAUGCAGAAGGGUGAGUUGUUGUAAAGUUGGAUGGAUUUUGGCAUGAAUGAAGAUAACGUUAAUGAUCCUAUGGCUAAUAUUGUUAUUUCUAACAUCUUCUUUUCACCCUCUAAGCCUGAAGAUCGUUUUUAUUUGCAGUUUGAACGCAUUUGAGGUCAUCCUGCAGUAGUUGAUGUCUUGAAUGCACCCUGAGAACAAUGGGGAGCGUUAGGACCCCGAGGCGUGGAAGGCUUCCCCCCCUCCGCCUCAUUAUCCAUUGAAUUGACAGCUCCAUCAGACGACCAGUUACACAGAGAUGUGAAUGGGGAGAAGGAGGUGGCUUGCUGUUCCGCUGUAGCGUCUGUCGAAGUUGUGUAAAAUUCCCAGGUUGUUUUAGCAAGGCAGAAGUUCACUGCGAUGCCUGUCAAACCCCACUGUUCCUUAUUCGACACAUUCUCUACCGGAUAGCAGGCGUGUGGAUUACUGCUCCAGUUAUUACACGGCAGGUCUCCGGAUCAGACAGAUUCACUGGUCCCACAGCUCAUUUCUCCGCUUGUCUCUCAUCUGUUUCGGACUCGUUAACAGCCGGUGCAGCUACAAGCUGUUUGCGGACUACGGGACCGGGGACGCACACGUGUAGGCUGUCUGGAUCCUCCGGUUCUCCCCCUGGAUAAAAGUUGUUUGGGAUUUCACUCGGAAGCGAUAAGAGACAGACGGGGACAGCAAUGUCGUUAAGCAGAAGCAUUGAGUUUGAACACUUUGAGGAGCGUGAGAAGCCGCACCGGACGCCUAGGACCACCUCGGGCUCCGGGUCUCAUUGCGGCUCCAGAGGCACCGCUCUGGUCCCCAGCCCCGCGCACAGCGCGCACUGCAGUUUCUACCGCACGCGGACUCUCCAGUCCCUCACGUCCGAGAGGAAAGCCAAAAAAGUGAGGUUUUACCGCAAUGGCGACAAGUACUUUAAAGGUUUGGUGUAUGCCGUGUCUAACGACCGCUUCAGGUCCCUGGACGCCCUGCUCAUGGAGCUCACGCGCUCCCUGUCAGACAACGUCAACCUUCCUCAAGGAGUCCGCACGCUGUACACGCUGGACGGGGGCAGGAAGAUCAGCAGCCUGGAUGAGUUAGUGGAGGGUGAGAGUUACGUAUGUGCCUCCAAUGAACCCUUCCGGCGCGUGGACUACACCAAGAUCGCCAACCCCAACUGGUCAGUGGGCAGCAAGACCGGUACGUCCCGGUCUCUCUCCUCUCUCUUCCCACUGAAGAGUGAGCUUCAGCGGGAGUCCAAGGACUUCAUCAAACCCAAGUUAGUCACAGUUAUUCGCAGCGGCGUCAAACCCCGCAAGGCAGUUCGGAUACUGCUCAAUAAGAAAACGGCACACUCCUUCGAGCAGGUUCUCACCGACAUCACGGACGCUAUCAAGCUGGACUCUGGAGCUGUGAGGAGACUGUACACUCUGGAAGGCAAGCAGAUCACCAGCCUGCAGGACUUCUUCGGGGAUGAUGAUGUGUUCAUAGCGUGCGGACCGGAGAAGUACCGUUAUGCCCAAGACGACUUUGUGUUGGAUCACAGUGGUAAGGCUUGCAGAGCCUUUAUGACUGAAUGCAGAGUGCUGAAGUCGUCGUACGGCCGCUCUGCUCCUCCAAACAGGACAGCUAAGAGCCCUGGACUGUCACGGCGCAGCAAGUCCCCCAGCGCAGCAAGGAGACCUGUCCACUACUCAACCAGCCAGUCCCCAAUCAAGUCCCCAGUAAAUGGAAUCUCAAGCAGCCAGAUCUCGACUCCUAAGUCCACCAAGUCGUCAACUCCAUCUCCCACCAGCCCCCGUCCCGUCCCCAGUCUUAAGAUCCCUCCGUCGCAUCACAUCUCCUCCUCCAAUGUAAAUGGCUCGUUGAACCAUCACCAAACCAGUCAACUGAGCCCAGAAGAGGUUAACGGGAACCAGUACUUGCCGGCCUCCAGCAUCGCGGAAAAAUACAAGGUCGGCAAGGUCAUUGGAGAUGGCAACUUCGCCGUCGUCAAGGAGUGUGUAGAGAGGUCCACAGGGAAGGAGUUUGCUCUGAAGAUCAUCGAUAAGGCCAAGUGCAGUGGAAAGGAGCACCUCAUAGAGAAUGAAGUUGCCGUGCUGCGGAAGGUGAAACACCCCAACAUCAUCAUGUUGAUAGAGGAGGUGGACACGUCCUCUGAGCUGUACCUGGUGAUGGAGCUGGUCAAGGGAGGGGACCUAUUUGACGCCAUCACGUCCUCCGCCAAAUACACGGAGAGAGAUGCCACCGUCAUGGUGUACAACCUCGCUGGAGCUCUGAAGUACCUGCACAGCAUGAACAUUGUCCACAGAGACAUUAAACCAGAGAACCUGCUGGUGUUUGAGUACCCAGACGGCACCAAGUCACUGAAACUGGGAGACUUUGGUCUGGCUACAGUAGUGGAGGGACCCUUGUACACCGUGUGUGGGACUCCUACGUACGUGGCUCCGGAAAUCAUUGCAGAGUCUGGAUAUGGUCUGAAGGUGGACAUCUGGGCUGCAGGUGUCAUCACCUACAUCCUCCUGUGUGGCUUCCCUCCGUUUAGAAGUGAGAAUAAUCUGCAGGAGGACCUGUUUGACCAGAUCCUUCUUGGGCGGUUGGACUUUCCCAGUCCUUAUUGGGACAACAUCACUGACUCAGCUAAGGAGCUAAUUGGAAAGAUGCUCCAAGUCAACGUCGAGGCUCGAUACACAGCGCAAGACGUCCUCUCACACCCGUGGAUCACGGACGACGCGGUCGUGGAGAACAACAUGCAGAUGGAGGUGACAGGUAAACUGAAGACGCACUUUAACACUGCGCCAAAGCUCGACAACACUGCAGCUGGAGUGUCGGUCAUCGUGAACACGGCGCUAGAUAAGGGGACCCUCCGGCUCACCGCCCGUUGCUGUCCAGGGCCACAGGCGGCGCCGUGUUCACCCUCGGUGGCCGGCAAGGAAGUUCCAUCUGCUCUCAAACCAGCUUCUCCAACCAAACAGGCACCAUGUGCCAAAGAACCAAAACCUAGCGAGCCGGCUUCCCCGACACAGACUCUUCAAGCACCGAAGGCUGGAGCUGCUGGUGGUGAUGGUGGUGGACCCGAUGCCGCGUCCUCUUCUGCACCUCCCUGCGCUCAUUCCCCCAGUGACAGCCACCCGUUAGCUGCUAAGCCCGAUGUGCCUACCUCACCCUCGCGUCCUCCCUCUUCACCACCAUCUCCCAGCAAACCGGCCCAAGACACCUCCUCUCCCACCAGAUCUGUCCAUCCCUCACCCGAACCCCAGCCCCUCCCCUCCCCUGGCUCCCCCCUCCAACCCGCCGUAGUCUUCCCGCUCUCCUCCCAGACGAAGCGAGAGCCACCUUCCCCCCCCUCCAUCCAUCCAACCCUGUUCCCCUCUCCUCCUUCCACACCUCCGAGAUCCACCACCCCGCCCUCUCCCGGUGGCCCCCCUCCUCCCGCUCUCCUGCUCCGCGAAGAACUUAGGCAGAAUUUGUAAAUCGGCUCCUCGUCCUCCUCUUUCCGUGAGCGUAAUGGAGAACGUGAGGAGGUUCAAUCGUUUCAGAUCUUCUUAGCUGUAAACUGAGCCAGUGAUGCUGAUGAUUAUCAUUUCCCUUCGUUCUGAUCCUGCUACACUUUGUGAGACGUUGGACACAAGGCAUUCUUCUGAGGAGUCUUCAGUUGUAUGUAAUAUGUAUGUUUAUUUAUUAAUGGAGGAUAAGGAGAACGAGAAUGAACUGUACAUCACUGUUUUGAGUGGUUUGUUUUAAGCCCGUGGCCCUUUCUGUAAAUAGUCCCUCAGUUCAAACACAUCCCGUCGUGAACUCCCGUUGCUUUAGAGGAGAUGUUAGCGCUUUAUAUUCACACAGUAACACGUGUAUUUGAGCAUAUCAGUACUCUGAAGUUGCCAGACUAACGGCCUAUAGUGUAGCUAUCGUGAUAGUAACAGCACAAGUACAGGUUACUGUUUACAGUGGGUGGACAAAAUAAAAGCAAUAACUAGAAUAGACACAGGAUGAAGCAAUAAGAAAAUAGAUAUUUCAGUUAUUUCUUUGUGUGUCUGCCGAGACUUAGAGUAGAAGUCCUACGGUUGUGCAUGUGUGAGUGCUCUCUGUGCUUUUACUCUAGUCACAAUUCAACAACAAUAAGAAGCAGCGCUUUCUUUAAACAGUUAAAAAGUAGUCAGUGGUUGGUCAGUGUUUUAAAUGGCUGCAGCUCUACAGAUUUUUUAUUUAUUUUUUUUAAAUCAGAAGUGUAAAAAUGGAGUCCUGCUAGAUCUAAAACAGUGUCUCUUGUAAAAACAAAUAUGCAACUAAUGGGAUUUCAAUGACAAACUGAUGCAGAGGCAUGAUGCUCUCCACACCACACACCUGCUCUGAAUGUCAUUAGAAGGAGGCUUUUCAAACUACAGCGGAGUGAUUGGUGGACAACGAACAAAUGGAUGUUAGGCAGAUCAGGAAGUUAAAAACAAAAAAAGGAUUAUUUUGCUAUUUCCAUAUUAUAAUGAAGUACAAAUGUCAUGUCUGAACAUGGCUGUGCAAAAGCAGAACUGCAAAUAAUGAAUUCCCAACAUCCUUAAUUGAAUACUUGGUAAUUAGCAACGUUAUGGCCGGUUACUCUUGAUAGAAUUCAAGUCAUAUUAAACUAGAAAAGUUAAUAAAUAAAGUUUCAACUGUAAAACUUGAUGAGCUUGAAUGAAUCCACUGAAAUGAUCAACAUGUUUUCAGACCAACUAGUAUCUAGUUAUGAGGUUUAAAUGAAGCAGAAUAAUCUGCCACAAACCUAAAACUUAACGUCCCCAUAUGAGGACGCGGGGUCUCGGGAAGUGAAGGGCUAUCAGGAUAACAAGGACUGCACUGAACCUAGGGGAAAAUCUGACCCCUUUUGACCAAUUCACUAACUAGUCAUCGUAUCAUUCAGUUUAAUUGGCACUACGUUGUAGUGGAAAAAAAUGUAAUUAUCCAGUAACUGGAGCACAAACAUAAUUCCACCCCUUGUCUAAUGGUAUUAAAACAGCAUAGAAGUAGAUCUACAUAAAUAAGCCACACACUUCAGGUAAAUAAUAUAUAUAUAUAUAUAUAUAUUUUUUUUCCAGAGAAAAGGUCAGUUUGGUGCAGUAGCGUAUAUUUUGUUUACCCACUGUAACCGACAUGCUCGCGCGUCGCUCGUUUUAUUUUAAAGUCGACACUGUAUUUGUACAUAGUGUGAUGAACCUAAGCUGUCCACCUGAAACUUGAAGGUUUGUAUUUGCUUACGUGUGUUUGAGCAGUUUUUAUAUAUGAACUGCUGUACAUAGAAACAGAGAAAUGAGAUCCAACAGGCAUUAAAACCAAAACCAGUGGUUUUCAUCAUUUUCCAACACAGACUGCUUACAGCUAACACAAAGGUAAUGUACAGAAAUUAAACGGCUGGUCUCCUGACAGCGCUGCACCGCUGCAUGAUACUCAACAACACUGAUUCAUUCAUUCAGAGCGUUUUGAGUCUGUUGGAUUUCUAAGAAUGAAUGUGUUGUCACGGCGACAGGUUACUCGGAGCUUAACGAUGCCUUUCUCAGAACCAGCUUGGCUUAAAAAAAAAAAUGUCCCCAAGUUCUGAAUCCUGAACAUUAAUUAAGGAGUGAUUUGUUUUAACCUGUGCAGCCUUUUAUCCCAGCUGUUGAUAAUGGGGCUAAACGUGCCUCUUUUCCCCUUCUUGACUUCUUUGUUGCAUGACUUCUCCUUUCCCACUUCCUGUUAAGACAACACCCUCACACAAAGUCAAGUUGGUACAUUUAAUUUCCCUCAUGUAUACGUAGGUAACAUAGAUUAUGCUUUGUCAUAGCGGUUUGUAAAAGGGAAAUUUGUAUGAAGAGACUGUUUUAAAUAGCUAGAUCAAACGUGUUAAACUGGAGUAAUGGUUUUUAUUUUUAGGCAUAGAACAACUGCUUUUAAUGCUCCACCACUGGAGCAGUUCACAACAACAACAACAAAAAAAUGGCAAUAAAGACUUCAAACCCGG